UCUAUACGGAUGAAGCGGAAUGUUUGCAGAGCUGAUCGGUAGUACAAUGAGUAAACCGGUGGUCUCGUAAUUUUAUCACUGGAUUACUGGUUUCCAAUCCUCUCACUGUACUUGAAAAAUAUUUUUAUUUGGGCCCGCACGUUUCUCUUUACUGUCUGUAGAUGAUAUUUACAUGGAUACAGACUUUAUUAAGUAGUGAUGCCGACGUUUUUCGGCGAGGUCUUCUUUAUCUGGUAUCUUUAUUUCACGUAAAUCCAGGUCUGAUCGUGACGAAUCUGCGGACGAAACAUCUGGAGACGGAAACUAUCGCCAUUUAACCUGAUCACCAGCUGAAAUGUAACACCUGCAUUCGUCUUUGCAAGUCAAAGGCGUUCCCGGUAAAAGAGACAGCAGAUCGUUUUUUUUAUUUUCUUAGAUGAUCUUGUUUUGUUCAGUCAGAUCAGGUUGGGCCACACAGCGAAAAUGACGAGAAAACGCUUCUGCUUCUUGGUAGCUUUAAUUCUGCUCAGUCUGGUGUUUCUUGCUGAGGUUUUCAUCAACAGCAAAGACAGCUUUUUGACUUCUAUAGCAAUACCAUAUCUUGUGGCAAAGGGAAACUACACAUUUUCCGGGAGGGUAAAAGAGACUGAAGACCGAAAAGUCAGCCAAGGAACGACACAUAUGCCGGCCUCUAUGAACAAGACUUUGGGACCCUGUACUGACCCCCCUCCAAAUCUUGUGGGACCUCUCCGAGUGGAGUUUAACUUAAGUCUGACUUUGGAAGAGGUGAGAAAGGAGAUCAGUCGUCCUCUCCAGGAGGGAGGAAGGUACAAGCCGCCAGACUGUGUCGCAAUACAGAAGGUGGCAAUCAUCAUCCCAUUCCGAAAUCGGCAUGAGCACCUGAAACAAUGGCUGUAUUAUGUCCAUCCUAUCUUGAUGCGGCAGCAGCUGGACUAUGGUGUGUAUGUCAUCAACCAGGAUGGAGAUGGACUGUUCAACCGGGCUAAACUGAUGAAUACAGGAUAUGUUGAAGCCCUGAAGCAAUAUGAUUAUGACUGCUUUGUCUUUUCUGACGUAGACCUGAUUCCCCUAGAUGACCGCAACAUCUACAAAUGUUUUGACAAUCCCAGACACUUGAGUGUGGCUAUCGACAAAUUUAACUAUGUUUUACCCUCUGAAACCCUCUUCGGUGGAGUCUCUUCAUUUUUCAAGAAUCAAUUCUUGAAAACUAAUGGCUUCUCGAACACUUACUGGGGCUGGGGUGGUGAGGAUGAUGAUAUGUGUAAGCGAACCCUCUUCCGUGGGAUGUCCAUUUCUCGGCCUAACGCUGAAAUUGGAAGGUACAAGAUGAUCAAACAUAACAGAGACUUGCACAAUGAGGUCAAUCCAGAGAAUGCUGAAAAAGUGGGACACGCCGAGACGACCAUGGAUGAAGACGGGAUUAAUUCCCUGAAAUACACAGUCAAGGAGAUUGUGAAGGAUGCAUUGUACACUUUUAUCACUGUGGAUAUUCAGGCUCCAGCAAGCUAAAAAACAUUUAAAACUACAUUUGGCAUUUAAUAAAUUUGAGUGAGAUACAACAUAUAUUUAUUCAAGUACGGUACUUGAAUAUAAUUUGAAGGUAUGUUGAGGUAUUUAGAGAUAAAAUACAAUUAUUAAUUUUAAUCAAUCAAUCAAUCAAUCAAUCAAAAUUUAUUUAUAGAGCACUUUACAACACUCAAAGUGACCAAAGUGCUUUCCAGUUAAAAUCAAACAGUAAAAUUAGAAAUAAAAGCAAAUUAAAAGAAAGCAACAAUAGAACACAUAACAAAAUCAAAUAAAAUCAAAUAAGAUAAAAUAAGAUAAACAUUACUGAGUAUUGAAAGCCAGUCUGAAAAGAUAUGUUUUGAGCCGGGGUUUGAAAAAGCCAAAGUUGGUGAUGGUGCACAUGUCAGGGGGCAGUUUGUUCCAAAGUCUGGGCCCAGCGACUGAAAGAGCUCGAUCACCCCAGUGUUUGUACCUGGCAUAAUUUAGUUCUAUUGAUUCCUACUGGAUGUCUGACAGAAAUGCAACAACAUCUUUUAUAUUUUUAUUGUUGUCAUAUGGGACACAGAGGAAAGGUACUAUGUCAGUGAGAAACCUGUUAUUACAUUUGUUGUUGAAAAUUGUUUAUACUGUUGUUUUCACUACUUUUGGUUGUCACAGUUUAAGAAUGACAAUGGGAUGAUUAUUAUUGUGGCAGUAAUGCAAUGGUUUAUGUAUAUGUUUUUUUUGGAUGGAAGGGGUUGAUAUUUAUUCACAACCUUUGCAGCAAACGUAGCAUUCUGUACAGUACCCAAAUAUAUGAUGAUGUCUUGUGGUCAGCAACAUUUUUUUUUAAUGAAACAUUUGAAAAGAAUUGUACUGAAAUGUAUUUCUUCUGUGGUUUAGCACCAAGCUUGGCCAUGAACAUCAAAACUAAAAGUAUGAGCACAUUGGGAAUGAGACACAAUCUACAUUAAGUACAAUUGUUCAAUAGAUUCAAGAUGCAAGCUACAAUAUUAACAAACAUUAUUUACCAUCUGAUCAGCAGAUAUACUGUAGCUGUCUUCUUUAUUCAUUCCCAUUUUUACAACAGUGUAAAUUUUCCCAGGAGUCAGUUACAGUUUCUUCUUUACUGGGGUGCUUUGCAUUCUAGAGACUUUGUAGGUUUGUCCCUCUACGUAAAACUGCCUUUGGACAAUCGAUCUUCUCCUACAAAGCAAUAACAGAAUGGAAUAAGCUUCCCACUGAACUAAAGACAAUAACUGAUUUUAAAAACUUUUCUAAAGAGAAUAAAAAAUGGAUCCGGAGAAACCAAACCUGUCAGCAUUGACAGUCCUUGAAAUGACGUUUUUUUUUUUCAAUCGUGUAAAUGUGAUGCAUUGCUUUUCUAUCUUUACUUGUUUCUCUCUUGCCUGCCGCAAGGACUGCAGAUGGAAACUAGCAAGUAUGCUAUAAUCUGGUACAGAGCAUCUCUACCUUGUGUUUAAUGUUCUUCUGUACAUGGUCCCUGUGAAAUAAACUAAUCAUAAUAAAAAAAGUUUCUAUUGUAACUGUC